AAAAAAAAAAAAACUGGAAAAGUAAAAUCUCAAUUCCCGAGAUUCGGCAGCAGGAGUCCAACGGAUAAAGGAAGACGCCCAGUCGUGAAAGGUUGCUGAUACGAUACACCGCAAAGCACUUUCCAUAGAUAUCCUCUCCGAUUAAGGCUUCGGCGCUUCGCCCUUCGCGCAUCUCCGAAUUAGAAUUACCUCGACCUGGUUUGUGGACGACGAAUCGAUCGUGUUGGUGAUUAGUUUCUUGAACCGAUUGCAGUUUUUCUGCCGGUAAUUGUGUUGGUUUGAGAUUUGAGAAUUCUAGGCUUGAAGCUGCUUGUGUCGUCUGCAAGCAUCUAUAAUGCAGGCCUCAAGAGCAAGGUUGUUCAAGGAGUACAAAGAGGUUCAAAGAGAAAAGGUAGCAGAUCCGGAUAUUCAGUUGGUUUGUGACGAUUCCAAUAUUUUUAAAUGGACAGCCCUAAUCAAGGGACCGUCAGAGACUCCUUUUGAGGGCGGUGUUUUUCAGCUUGCCUUUUCGGUGCCUGAGCAAUAUCCUUUGCAACCUCCUCAAGUGCGGUUCUUAACGAAAAUUUUUCAUCCAAACGUUCAUUUCAAGACGGGCGAGAUCUGCCUCGAUAUACUGAAGAACGCAUGGAGCCCAGCAUGGACUCUGCAGUCUGUUUGUAGGGCUAUAAUUGCUUUGAUGGCUCAUCCCGAACCUGAUAGCCCACUAAACUGUGAUUCUGGAAAUCUUCUGCGUUCGGGCGAUGUUCGAGGAUAUCAAUCCAUGGCAAGGAUGUACACAAGGCUUGCUGCAAUGCCCAAAAAGGGCUGAUGUCUUUCUGUGGCUUCUUAAGGAGACUACAAAAAUGUGUUGAAAUUGGUCACAAAACAACAAAUUUGACAAUCCAGACAUCUGAUGUAAAGUAACACCACAUUCCAACUUCUGUGUGCUUUCUCUUCUUUUUUAUUCACUAGAAUAAAUUUUACUUUUUUUUAGAUU